AUGUCUUCUGGAACCUCUGAGCCCCCGAAGCCGCUUCGUACUCGAAGCAGCACGGCUUCUAUCGCUGCCAAGGCCAAAGAAGCGGAUCCGAAAGCCUCGAACCCCCCUACUGCUGUUGCCGGCCCUGCUGCUGUGACAGACGACAAGAUACUCUGCUGCAAGUUUAUCCAGGUCACAUCUACCAAGGUUCCGGAUUCCAAGCAGAUCGCUUUCCAUGAGAACCAGCUGUACUUUUUGUGCUCUUUUUGGGCCAACAAAUGCGCCAAUGCCGACAAUGCCCCCAGUGCCAAUAUCUCCUCAGCAGACUUCAUCGGAGCGAUCGAACUUAAGCAAAUGGACGGGGAGAAGGUCGUCAAGGGCGGAACUCGUUGGUAUGCAGUUUAUCGCCCCGGACACAAGAAUAGUAGCAAGAAAGGUGGUGGACACGGCCCUGAUGGUCAAUUCAUGGAAAUCAGCAUUAAGAAAGCCGCACGCCAGCUCAAAUUGGGACAUAUGAUCGCCACUGAUGCACACGCCGACUAUGGAGACUGCCACUUCCAUCCAGAGCAGAAGUACAUUGCAAAAUGGUACCAUAUGAUGACAGACAAGGAAUUGCGCGAUGGUAGCAAGUUUCCGAAAGUCACCACUGGGAGCGAGCAAGUCGAUGUUUGCCGUAAAUGCAAGAAAAAAUGCCCAGCGCAGGAAACAGAGGUGAAUAUCUUUACCGGCAACCUAACAUGCAACCGAUGUUUCAAGUGCCAGAGGUAUGACUACUAUACGCUCCCUAGGUCAGCUGCAGGAAAGACGGUGAGCAAGGAGAACGCCGAAGCAAAGGGUUCGAACGUCAACAAGAAGCAAAUGGCGAAGCCAAUCCAACAGGAAGAGUCUGACUCGGAAGAGGCCCCUGACUUGGAGAAAGAGGCCUUGGAAGAAAUGGACAGGGGGAUUAAGUUGAUGCGGAAGGGUAAAGCUUAUUUCAAAGAAGGCGCCGAGAUCAUGGACCAGGCUAUGGAAAAGGAUCUGAAGGCGAAGCAAGAUAUGAGAAAGAAGCUUUCAAAGAAGUAA